AUGGCUCUCGUGGCCCUCAUCAGCCCAAACCUACGCCGCCAGGGGAUGCUCGCUGAUGCGCGCUGGUGGACGCGACAGGAAAAAGAAACGGGGACUAGCGCCGGUAGCGCCUGCCACCGUCGCGCGUGUGCAUUCCGUUUUGCUAGCACAACAAACAGAGGCCUCACCACUCGCCCGCGACUCAGGCUGCGGUGCGCCGUCUUGACGCGCCAUCCUGACUCUCGAGGGGCUGGGACGACAGCGGCGGCGACUGUGACAACGGCGAAGCCACCUGCACGCCGUGACGCGUGGUGCAGCGAAACAUCUGCAGCCAAUCAGUGCGCGUGCUCCCCUGAAACGAAGCAGGGCCCUGCAGCCCCUCCCGCAGCUUGCCCGAUCUGCAGGUGGUCAUCAAAGCAUCAAAGCCCCGACUUGCUUGUUGCGUUGCUUGUUGCAUUGCCAAACAAACAACACCCACUGCGCCCGCCGCCGCCGGCAAUGAUUCAUCAUUCGCACUGCGAGGAAUGCGGGGAGGCGACUCUUGAUGUCCACGUCAAACGCCCACUGCUCCACGGGUACCUGAAGCCGCUAGUCUCACAAGCGAACGAAUCACCCGUGAACCGUUGCCCUGGAGCUGUUGGCUGCCACAGCCUCCUGGCCUAACCGCCGCCCGUUGUCUUGCAUCUCUCCUUUCCUGUG